UUCAUCUAAUUAUCAGUAUAAUCAGAAAGUGUUCCUUAGACAGUUAUUCUUAUUUCGAUACCACGCACCCACUACAUGCAUGCUGAUCUGCACCGACAAUCUAGAAUGAAGGCGGUAUGAAAAGACAAUGCACGCAAGUAGGAUUCAGACAUCCGGGAUAGAUGACUGAGCUGAGUUCAACCAAUCCAAAAGGAGCUUCUCGGCUUAGCCGCUUGCACAAAGACCAAGCCAGGAUGGGAAGAACGGUGAUUGGUGAAACCAAUCCCGGAUCAGUGCGCUCACGCGGCUUCCUUAAAUAGACCCCGCUAUCGAUCACAGAUUCAACGUUUCGCCAUGGCAACGAGAGCGGCCUACUUCUCCCCGUCCGAGGCGGAAAUCCUCAUGGAGGUUUACGAGGAGGUUAAAGAACAAAUAAAAAUGAAAGGGAACACGGCCACAAUCAUAAAACAACGAAAGAAAGCGUGGCAAAACAUUGCAGAUCGCCUGAAUGCGUUAAACAUGUCUCAGUCACCACGGACAUGGCAGCAAGUCAAGAUUAAAUACAAGAACAUCCUUCAGAAUGUCAAAAAGAAAGCCCACAAGAAAGACACAGAUGGUGGGUCACCAAAAGCUGACCUCACCCCAACAGAGGACAUAGCAUCAGCAGAGAAUAAAUGCAGGAUCACGGCGGGGACAGAGACAAAUACAUGUCCCUCCCAAGAUGCCGCCGGCUUCAUACAAGUUUCCGGCAGCACCGUAAAACUGGAGCCACAACUACCAGACGACGCUGAUCCAGGUGAAGGCACCAACGCAGCAGCAGCAGCAGAUGAUGAUGAUGGUGAUGAGACCAGCUCUCUGGAUUCCAGAAGGCAUGAGGACCCAGAAGGACAAAGCCAGCCCGGCAGCGUCGUGAGUAUUAAUGCAAGCACAUGCAAAAUUCCUGCUGUGCUAACUGUCAUGCGUUUACAGAACUCCCAAGCUAUCAAACAGCUGUAUGCCCAACACAUGCGACAGCAAAUACAACUGGCCGAUAUGGACAUGGAGUAUAAGAAAAGAAAGCUUGAAGACCUCGCGCUGGACUCCGAAAUAAAAAGGCGAACAAUAAGAAUACUGGACCUCAAAAUAAAGAAACUUGAGCGGGAGCUCCAAGAAGAUGACACAUCUUAAGAAAAUAAAGGUCUGGUUAGAAUGAUGGUGCUGUCUGUUAUUUUAAUGUAUGCACAGCUAGGGCAAGCAUGGAGAUGACACUAGCCACCCUAAGUGCUGAUUGGUUGGAAGUUGAAAGACUGGCUGUGUUAUUAAGGCUUGAAGAAAGGCACAUAAUUACCCUGAAAUGCAAUUUCCCCAGUAUUUUACCUAGUAGUAGUAGUUCUGAAGUAUCGGAGAUGUCAUGAGAUUAGAACAUGAUGAUAAAUUAGCCGCACGGCUGUAUAAACCGCAAGGUUCCAAGUUUAAAGGUAGUGGCUUCUACGCCGGAAAUUACGGUAUUCAUUGUGAACAAUUUCACAAUUUAUCAAUACAUUACAACCCUUAACUCCUAUUGUAACACAUUGUUACACUGCCUUAUUUUCUUAUGGUAUUUCAAACGGUACAUGAUGAGUACAGGAAGUGCACAAACACAUGUAUUAGCAGUCGAUGUGAAACGGAAAGGAGGUGGGAUUAAAGACGCUUUGCUUCGUCCUACUCCUUUUUGGACACGUGGACUUGUGAAUUGUCAUGUGUGAUGUAUUCCAAAGUUCAAAAUAAAACUAAUACCAGAUGACCAUUUGCAGUUUGCAAGGCGGGAGGUUGCAAAAGGUGUUCCUCGUGGAGUCAAAUAGGCGAGUAGCCUAUAUGAAGGCCCAAAAUGGUGGGUUCCUUAACAACGGCAUGCCCAUUCGUGCAAGAUUUGGCGGAUGACGAGGGGGAUGGUUUGGUUUUUGAAACUGGGGGGCUUCAAGUACUCAGUUGGGGAUUGAGGCCACAAUUUGAUGCACAAAAUGGAAUUAAAUCUCUUGUCAGAUGUCCUCAUCUCCUUCCCUGCAAGUAAGCGAAACUACAAAAUACAGGACAAAUGUUAACAGUCAUAAUAAGAUACUUAUUGCUUUGUGUUACAGAGGUUUCAUUGGACGACACGAACAUCAGGAUAAAAUCCCCCUCAGAUGGCCAUGAGGCGGAUUUUGUUACUAGGAAGUCCUUUCACAGCAUUAAUGUUCGCAUUAAUGUAACUUUUGAAAGGAGAUGAUGGUUUACCUGCUUUCAUUCAUCCUUUUUCAAUAAAACUUGUUACUCUGAUGUGUACUUAAUAAAUAUUAUGAGGCUGACUGUAAA